AUGGCAACACCUACACCUGAAGAACUUGAUCGACAACUCGAUGUGUUCAUCGAUAAACUUGUCGAAGACAAAGAUCAACUUCCAACGGGUGAACUUGAUGAUGCUUUUUGGAAAGAUUUAGAACGGCAUCCAUUCUUUCUUAAAGAAAUACCAGAUGAUGGUGCUGAACUUCAUCCUGCUACUGAAGCUUUACAAGCAUUGAAAUGGGAUGAUGAUGACGAUACACCUUUAGAUAAAGCAAACAAAUUUAAAGACGAAGGCAAUAAAUAUUAUCAAUUCAAAAAAUAUCGUAAUGCAAUAAUUGCUUAUACUGAAGGUAUAAAACAACGUUGUACGGAUCCUACAAUCAAUGCUAUUUUAUUUUGUAAUCGAGCAACAGCUAAUUUUUAUUUGGGUAAUUAUCGUUCGGCAUUACGUGAUUGUGUAUUCUCACGAAAAUGUAAACCUGAUCAUCUCAAAGCUUUUAUUAAAGGUGCUGAAUCAUGUAUGAAACUUGAAAGAUAUAAAGAUGUACAAACAUGGUGUUCAACUGGUUUAACAGUAUCCUUUUCCUUGAUAAUUACUUUUUUUUGUUUUGCUUUUGAUCUAUUUAAAUUUUCGUUUAUAUUUUCCUUAACAAAAAUUUAUUUAUUUUUUUUCUUAUUAAAUGUUUUCUAA